GUACAGUGCCCACUACCCAGUAUACAUCUGCAACUGGGUCGCACCAACCGACUUCACUCUUUUAUACGUCUUUUUAAUACUCUCCAUCACUGUCACCCAUAUGGCCCUGCACUUAGAGCCCAACGGUCUCUACCUCCUCCUAGCAGAUCGAGAGUCCAGCUCGACAUUCCACUGGGGUCUCUGCCUUGCCAAAUCCCCGACCGAUGGCACCAUUUUCAAUAUCAUCAACUUCCCCAACCGAAAUGUCUACAGCUAUGAGAUCAAGUUGGACCAAAAGGUCAUCACUUCGAGGCAAUACCUUCUGGCGCUGAAGGUGGGAGAUCUGCACCCCGCACUGCACGGCCCGUUGGAGACCCGCUUGUCGCAGAUCCCCAUCCAGUACUCGACGCGCUUUCAUGAAGCUAUGACUUGUCGUGUUUGGGUGAAAGAGGCCCUCUUCGCAUUGGAUGAUGAGGGCUACAUUAAACUUGUUGAGAACAUCAAUGGUAUUGAAGCGGAGGCUAGGUUUGCUGCGAUGUUGAAUAAAGCCAAUGGAAAGAGAACUGUGAGCAAAAGUCGUGGAUAUGUCUUGUGAUGCAGGAGUUGAGCAGUAAUGGUUGGUCAUUCAGUGUUGAUAUGUGGAUACUAGUGAUUUGCUGAUUGGUAGUGCUUGAUAGUACAGUUCUUGGAAG